AUGAAGCGACUCAUCAAACGCUACGUUUUGAAAGCACAAGUGGACAAAGAAAACGACGAGGUCAAUGAAGGUAAAGUUACAUCUUCACUUUUACUUUGAAGUACUUCAUCUGAAAUAGUCUUUGAGAAUCGUUUGCAGUGCUGUUACACAAUGCAGAAAAGAAACAAUUCUCAAGGGUAGAAAGAGGUCUAGAAACUGUGCAAAUUCCACAGGGUUCCCAUUGGUGUUUGAAGCUCAAAUAAACCGUGCUAACUGCAUUGUGUAUAUAAAAAUAUAUUGAAUUAUGGAGAGGACAUCAGUUUAACAUUGUCAUGCAUUGAAUAUUUCAGUAAAUAUUGCAUUUGAGAACCCUUUAACAGAAUUCUUCAAUACAAACAACUUGAACGGACCUCACAUUAUUUCUGUUAUGACCUCACAUUGUUACUUUGCAGGUGAACUGAAAGAAAUCAAGCAGGACAUCUCCAGUUUACGUUACGAACUCCUGGAAGACAAGUCUCAGGCUACAGAGGAGCUGUCCUUGCUUAUCCAGAAACUGAGUGACAAACUGAACCUAGGCCCUACUACACGCUUGCCCUACAAGUGA